AUGGAUCAUAAAAAAAUGAGAAUAAUGAUUCCCGAAUUACAAACUCAUUUCGAUAUUGAAAAGCAGAAAAACGUUGAAAUUCUUUUAGGGCUUAAUGAUACCAUAUCUCUCCAAGCUUACAAUAGGAUAGAAGAAAUUUAUAGAUGGUUACAAGAACUAGAAAAAGAUUAUCCAACAAAAGCGAAAGUUUUAGACCUAGGUUACACAUGGGAAAAUAGAUCAAUCAAGGGCCUCAUAUUGAGUCAAGAUCUUAGUAUUCAAAAUAAACCUAGCGUAUUGAUAAUCGCGGGAGAACAUGCCCGAGAAUGGAUAACAACAGCAGUCGCUCUAAAUCUUAUUCACUACUUGCUGAAAGACCCCUCUAGCCAUUAUAUGACCUCUCAAUUAGAUUGGAUCAUAUUCCCAAAUGUUAAUCCGGAUGGCUACGAAUACUCAUUCACUAACACUAGAUUAUGGAGAAAAGUAAGGUCGGAUUAUUCUACCCCAUGCAUAGGGGUGGAUUUAAAUCGAAAUUGGGAUAUAGGUUGGGGUCAAGAAAAACAAUUUUCGAUGAUCGAACAAAUUUCAUACACGAACACGUGUAGCAAUGAAUUUUCGGGACCUCAUUCCUUUUCUGAACCAGAAACUAUCGCUAUAAGAAACUUUGCCCUAAAGCACAGCGAUAAAUUGGUUUACUUUCUAAGCCUUCAUUCGUAUGGACAAUUGAUUAUGUUUCCAAACGCGUAUACCAAAGACGCAACAAGAGAGCUGGAUGAAUUUUUGCAAAUCGGAAAAGCCAUGUCCAAAACCAUUGAGGGUAUAAACGGAACAAUAUACGAAUAUGGGCAAGCCAGUGUGAUUUUAUACAUUGCUCCAGGCACCAGUAUGGAUUGGAUCUACAGAUAUGCAAAAGUUAAGUACUCCAUGGUAAUUGAGUUGAGAAACAAAAAUGAAUACACAUUUUUGCUGCCCCAGGAACAAAUCUUACCUACGUCGAUCGAAAUAUUUACUGUUCUAAAAGUUUUGUUUCCAGAGCCAGGGAAAAAUUAUGGACACUUUCCGGAAUUUGUCACAAGAAGCAAUUCUCAAUUCCAAACAUGUCGAAUUGAGCCUCGAUUUCCUCCUAAAACUUGGAACGUGAAUAGGAGUACUCUAUCCAACGAAGAACGCACAAAUAAUCAAUGCGAAGAUGAUAGUAGGAUAAAAGAAAAAUUAAGAACGUCUACCUUAAAUGAUAAAAUAAAAUAUAAAUUAAGUAAAAAUACUAAUUUAACCUUAAACGAAAUGGUGGAGAUAGGAAGUAGAUUAGAUAGCAUUAAUAAUAAACCAGAUAAUAUAAGUUAUAUGAAUUACGAUAAAAAGUCUGACAAAGAUAAAAACUUUAACAUUAGAAAUAGAAAUAACAAUAAUAAUUUUAGACCUGAUAAUAAUUUUAGAAAUAAUUUUAGACAAAAUUAUGAUAAUAGAGAUAAUAAUUAUAAUAGGAAUAAAAAUAGGAAUUACGACAAUAAUAAUUUUAGAUAG